AUGAGUGGUGUGGUCGAACAUGGCAAACUCACAGUCAUAAUGGGGCCAUCCGGGGCAGGCAAGUCAUCACUUAUGAAUAUUCUUUCUGGCUACAAGUACAACUCUCAUUUGAUUAUGGAUAUUGUAGAGUCAUUGGGAUUGGGAAACUGUCUUAAUGUGAGUGCCUGCAAAUUGUCGGGUGGGCAGAGAAAACGGUUGGCUAUAGCCCAGGAACUUAUUUCAGACCCAGCUGUUCUGUUUCUUGACGAACCAACCAGAAAUUGGCCACACUUCCCACUUGAAAGAGAAGUAUUAUUGAGAGAACAGUUGAAUUCGUGGUAUCGACUAUUUUCUUAUUAUAUGGCCAAGACAUUUGCAGAUAUUCCUCUACAGUCGUUGGGUCUGCUGAUUGGAGCUGGCUGUUCGAUGGAAGUAUGUUUAUGUGGGUUUAUUAGUCAGACUGGAGUGUUCUUGGCCCCUGUUAUGACUACACCUAUGCUUCUUUUUUCGGGAUAUUUUAUCCCAGUUAAUUCAAUUCCUUCUUAUUUACGGUGGUUUUCAUACUUUUCUAUUAUCAGAUAUGGGUUUUUGGGAGGAAUUCAGACAUUGUAUGGAUUCGAUCGGGGGAAACUAAAGUGUGCUAAUCCUCAGAGAUGUAUGUUUCCCACUGGCCACGAUGUUUUGGAUAAUAUGGGCGCUCUCGAUAUUGAGUUUUACACGAAUUUUGCAGUUCUCUGCAUUUUUUGUGUCUUACUUAGAAUUGCUGCUUUUUUCGCUUUAAAGUUAUAUUUGAAUAGAACUAAUGAUUAAAUUUUUUAAUUUU